GUCCCUGUCAUUGUCGAUCACCGACCUGCUUCAUCCAGCACUCAUUGCAGCACUGCAUCACGGACUCAUCGUGGGAGGUUAUUUAAUCUGCCGAUCUCCCAAGACCAUUAAUCAUGCCUUUUCCACAUACGCCCACCUUGCCUGCAGGUCAUUUUAAGGAGAACAUCCCGCAUAUCCCCGUCUCCGGCUUGAUCACUCCUCCCGACUCUCCCAUUGAAGAAUUCAUCCCCAGAUGCGAAAAGAAGCAUGCGGACUCCAGCAUUCAUGUCGCAGCCUCUGGCCCCAGUAUCGUCAUCGAAUGUGGCACUGCCUACCCCGUCAGUCAAAUUCGCGUAAUGGCGACUGAACUGGAGUGUGCUCGCGACAACGGAGAGUUCCCCAGCACGACAGCAUCGGCCAUGGACACUCAAGCUGUGAUUGAAGACUACGGGCGUCUCAUGCGACUCCGGCAAUCACGUGGUAACCAGUCUCUUCCCGCUCCCGAGUCUUACAAGCAACUUCGAGUUGAGAUCGCCCGCCGAAUCAAGGAUCGUGAUGCCUCCCAAGAAGACACGAAGACCGAUGCAGAAGCAGCCCGAAGGGUCAGCUCCUACCUCCGCUCCGUACAACAAGAACAACGUUACUUCGAUGCUGCCAAUACGAUGCUCCAGCGACGAGGUGUCUCAAAUCCAACACAACUCGAUCUUGAUAACGUCAGCGAAGAGCUAUGUUCGAUCGUGGAGCAGACCAUCGAGCAAACGAUUUCGGAUGCCACUGGCCCCCUUCGGUUAAACGUGGGUAACCUUCACAACGAAAAUGCCGACUUCAGGGACCAGAAUAACGCUCUCGGUCGCCAAAUCGACAUGCACUAUCGUGUUCUUGAACAACAAACCAGGACCAACUCUGCUUUGCUUUCCAUGUUCGAGCCCCAGUCCAAGAACAUCACCUUGACUACUGAGAAUAUCCAAGCCUCGGAAAGACAGCUCGCAAUCGCCACCAAGAACAGCCAAGCCAUGGAAGAGCAGCUCACCGUGGCUGCCGGACUCACGAAUGUCCUCUCGCAGGUUGUCAUGAACCUACCAGGAGCAAUCAACCAGGUCGUCUACACGGCUGUCCAACACCAAACCCAGGAUUCAUUCAAGGACAUCUUAGAGGCCCAGCAAAAGGUCAUUCUUGACCUCGAGACAAGAUCACGAAAAAUUCAAGCGCUGGCUCGAGAAGUGGAAGCCAGCAGGAUUCAGAUGGCUGGUCGGGGGCAGGACCUUGGAGCAAGGUCACAAAGACUCGGGCGAAAGAGCAAAGGAAAGAUGAGGAAUAUGGUGAACAGGGUAUUUGGUUCUCAGCGAUGA